GCAUCAUGGCAGGCAAGCGCGGCGCGUGUGCGUCUAUCGGAAUCUUCUUUGCACUGGCCAGUGUCCUCCUCAUUAUCUUUGCAGAGAUUGGCCAAGUACGGUAUGGCACAGUCUAUCGACAUAUCCGCUUCGUCACGCUCGACACGACCGGCCUAGGCGCAGGACUCCAAGCUGCUGGCGUCACAGACAUCACCGGAUUGUAUUCUACGUCGAACGUGAGAACAGCAGACAACCAAGGCCUGCACAGAUACUACCAGUGGGGCUUCUGGAAUUACUGCUCCGACGAUGCCGGCGAGGGCGCACGGCCAGUCUAUUGUCAGUCAAGCACAGCAGGGAACAAGCUGCUGCCGCUCACGACACUCCUUUCGGAUGCACCCGCCUCGCUGACCAAUGACAUCACGACCGUCUUGCCAACAGGCACCCGUCUCACCGACGAAGGCUACCUCGGCACAACCAGCAGAGUCGCCUUUUACUUCCUCUUGAUCGGCGCCAUCUUCUCUGGCCUGUCACUCUUCACUGGCUUCCUCGCUCACCGCUUCGCCUUCUUGCUAGGCGCGAUCUUCGCCAUCGUCGCUUUCAUCUGCUUGCUCGUCGGCAGUGCAAUCUACACCGCCAUCGUCGUCGUUCUGCGCUCGGCCAUCGAUAAUCGGUCUGUCAACGGCAUCGCGCUCGGCCUUCACUUUGGAUUCGGCAACGCACUCUGGCUGUCCUGGGCCGCCACUGCUGCUUCGCUUUGCGCGAUCAUUCCAUACAUAUUCGCAUGCUGCUUCGGCGGUCGCCAUUACGAGACGAGCGAAAAGGGUAAGCUCGGGCCUCCUCCCAUCUGAACACAAGCUAAUGGGUCAAGUGACAGACUAUUACUGAUCUUCCUCGCUAGCCGUCGAUACCCCUUUUGCAUUUCACUAUGUAUCCUGUGUUGCACCCAC